AUGGGAUGCCUGUUGUCGACUCCGAAGGAUACUGGUGGAAAUAGAAGGAGACCGGGGAGUAUUGGCGAGGUUUCGGUUUAUGUUCCUGGUUUAAGGAUUCCGAAGCCUGUUGAUUUUGCUCAGCCGCUAGGUGAUUAUUUGUCGAAGAAUAUAAUCGAGCGAUUGUCUGCUCUUAGAACGCGGAUAGUUGUAAUGGCUAGCCAGGAAGGUCCUACGAUUACAAGAACGAAAAGAAAAAGUGUUACUCAACAUGGUGGUUCGACGCUGGCUGAUCUUCUUCAGGCUCUUGAAGAUUAUUUGCCAGUUCUUCUAGGAUUAGUUAAAGACGGAAGCCAUUUACAAUACAAAGUACAAUUUGUUUGGAUGAAUCAAGAGGACGAAAAAGAGGAAACAGCCAUGUCGAAUGCUUGGUACGAGGUGUUGUCGGUUUUGCAUUUGAUGGCAAUGCUAUUGCACUCAAAGGCUAAUUUGUUGCUGCUUCCAAGAUCAUCUAGUGAUGGUCAUCAGCAAAAAGUAUCAGAUGAAAACCGACGAACUUCUAUUGAUAUCUUCUUGAAGGCUUCUGGAUAUCUGGAUUGUGCAGUCAAACAUGUUCUUCCACAGCUACCUGCAGAACUCAGGAGAAACUUACCAGUUGACUUAGCGGAAGGAGUUCUUCGAGCACUGUCUCUACAGGCAUUAGGACAGGGUGUAGAUAUACAACUUGGAAUGGCAAUUGAUAGUGCUAAAGCAACUCUUGCAGUGAAGCGUAGACUUGCGUGCGAGAUGUUGAAAUGUUGGCAACAGGCUCAGGAUAACAUUAUGAACCUUCCGCUGGCAAAUGGUUGGGGCGAAAAACAUCACCUUCUUGUGAAAUGGAAAUAUGUUGAAGCUAAGGCUGCAGCAUAUUAUUACCACGGUUUGAUUCUUGACGAGGGAAAUACCGAGAAAUCUCAUGGGAUGGCUGUAGCCGCUUUGCAAGCCGCAGAUGAAUACUUCAAAGAAAGCAAGAAGUUAUGUGAGGCAUUUAACACGGCUCCUCCAUUGUCAAGAAACCCACCACUUUGGGGAACCAUGAAAUAUCUCUCUGAAAAAAUUCCUAAGGAUACUUCAAGCAAGGUGCGAAUAAACCGCGAUCUAUACACUCACGAAAGGAUUAUGGAAACAGCUCCAACAUUGCCUGAAUUUUCAUUGGCAUUGAAACCAGAUGAGUAUCAACCUCCACCAGUGGACUCUUCUUGGAGAACAGAGAACAUAAAAGUGACACAAACUCAUUCUAACCAUGUCAAUGGUGACAAAUGA